AUGGCGGGGGCCAAGUGGCAUCACUUGGAAGCCACUGUGAUUCCACCACAGGAGACGGCAGCUUCUCAAGGCUGUAGCGCUGGUGUUUCGCCUGUCAUGCUUCUCUGCUUGCCGAGUGGGUCCGGGGCACAGAAGGGGGCCCUGUUCGCCGCUUCUCUUGGCCCUCGUGUUAUCUCCAUGAUCCAUGAGCAGAGCCCGGUUCAUCCCCCCAUCCCCCCUCCCCCCUCCCCCUUCCCCCUGGCAUCCCCCAUCAUCCCCGCAGGAUCGGCCCGGGAGUGGCCCCGGUUCCCUGACCUUCGCAAUCUGUCUGUGAAGCUGAACAACCCCAUCCAUCCGUGUGUGUGCAACAUCGACUGUUCACACACCAACUUCAACCCGGUGUGUGCGUCAGACGGGCGUUCCUACGACAACCCGUGUCAGGUGAAGGAGGCGUCGUGUCAGAAGCAGGAGCACAUCGAGGUGAAGCACCUUGGCCACUGUCAAGUCAUCUCUCCUGGGAGCAAAGCUGGGGACGGACAUUACGCCAGGACAGACUCCACAGUGGACAAGACAGACCCGAGGAACGACCUGGCCAGGGGUCUCUACAUCCCCUGUCCCGACCACUUCAAGAACUACUGCGUCCACGGAGAGUGUCAGUACCCCAGUAUCCAGGCGCAGCCUUCCUGCAGCUGCCACUCAGGCUUCAGCGGGCCCCAGUGUGACAGUAAGGAGUACAACGUGAUGUAUGUGGUCCCCGGCUCAGGGAAGCUGCGCUACGUCCUCAUCGCCUCCAUCAUUGGAGCGCUGCAGGUGGCCAUCAUCUGUGUGGUGGUGCUGUGCAUUACCAGGAAGUGCCCGCGGACCAAUCGCAUCAACCGCCAGAAGCAGAACAACGUGCACUACAGCACGGAGAACACCAUGCGCGCCUCGACGCGGCUCAUCUGACUGGACGGCUCACAUGCACACACACACACGCACACACAGACACACGGACACGAGACGCACGCGCACACGGACACGGCGAGGAGGGUGAAGACGAAUCAAGACCACCCUCCGCCCCCUCCCCCCCACCCCCUCCCUGCCUUUCACCUCGUCUGGGCCUUAGAUGUACUUUUCCCCCCUCCCUCUCUCUCAAGUCAAGUCAACCCAAUAGAGGUUUAUUAGGAGCCCCCCCCCCCCCCCCCCCGAACCUCCUCUCUCUUCUUUCUGGGCUGUCGUACCUUUCGUAUCAGAACAACAAGCGGGCGGGGGAGGGGCUGUAGCGGGGCGGAGCUCCGCAGCGGCUGACCUCACAUCCGGGUGACAUCAUCAACAGUCGCCAAGCACCUUGAGACGCCCCUCCCCCCCGCCCCCCCAAGCCUCGCCCAUCACCGUCAUACCCACCCACCUCACCCUGUCCACCCAGGGCUUCCAGAAAUACUGAACUAUGGGAUCCUGGGAAGGAAGUGAGGGAGAGGAGAGGGGGGGGGGGGAGGAUUCUGAAUUAGAUAAGCGUGUUUUCAAUGUGUGUGUG